GGUACUUUUUUGAAGCAAUCAUAAUAAAGGUUUUUCCUCUCGAAAAAAGUUGAAUUUUCGUGGAUUUUCCAUCUAAAUAAUGUCAAAAGUCGCUCCGAGAGAUAUUGCUCCUGUUCUCAGGAAAGUCAGAGACUUUCUUUUGGGCCGUACUCUUGUUCACAAUCAUCGAUGGGAAGCUGAAAUGGCAGAUCGCACUCAACCUCAACCUGAAUUACCCGAUGGUCCUUCACACAAACACUCAGCGAAUUACUAUUACACUCGUGAUGCUCGACGCGGAGUGAAUCCGCCAAUUGAUUGCACAAAAGCAGCAUUGGCUUCGGGCGAGAACAAAGAAGGAGCUGGAAUUGGAAAUCGCCUUCCUACCCCGGGAGCAUCUUAUCCAUGGGAUCAUCAUCAUCAAUACUAAGUUAAUGUACAUAUGGCGAUGUUAAUCCUUGCUUAGAAUUGUAAAUAAAUAUAAAAAAGAAAGAA